CAGAAGCUCUGAGAGCUAACUGGCCUGCAGAACAUCGGCUCCAAAUGUAAAUAUUCGCCUAGCCAACCGUUUCCAGACCAUAGACAUUCUUCCCACACUCUUAAAACCGCACAAUUGGAGUCUCGUCAAACAGUAUACGCUGCGCAAUUGACCAAAGGUUCGAUAAACGUCCGGUGACGCAACGCGCGACAACCACACGUGCCCGCCGAGGCUCUACACCGCCGCAGUGCCUUCUACGACGGCCACAAUGUCGACGACUGAGAAGCUUAAGGACAAGAUACCGCCAGCGUCGGAGAUAAAAGAAGAGGUUAAGUUGGCCACGAAGGAAGCUACAAAUGAUUUGAUACAGUCGAUACGGGCCUUCGCAGCUGGCGGCGUAGGAGGGGUUUGUGCGGUCCUGACGGGGCAUCCGUUUGACCUGGUGAAGGUGAACCUGCAAACUGCAGAGAAGGGAACGUACAAUGGCGCCAUGGACGUGGUAAGGAAGAUUCUGGCGAGAAGUGGACCGGCAGGACUUUACGCGGGCGUGACGGCGCCGCUGUACGGCGUGACACCAAUGUUUGCCAUCUCUUUCUGGGGCUACGACCUGGGGAAGAACCUGGUCAAGCGGUGGUCCACCGUGCCCGCCGACGGACAGUUCACAAUCACGCAGAUCUCGGUGGCCGGCGCGUUCUCCGCCGUGCCUAUGACGGUCGUCACCGCUCCGAUGGAGCGCGUGAAGGUGUUGCUCCAGAUUCAAGGCCAAAAAGCACAAGCGGGCGAGAAGCCCAAGUACUCCGGCUCGUUCGACUGCGCGAAGCAACUGUACAAGGAAGGCGGUAUCCGCAGCGUGUACCGAGGCACGUUCAUGACGCUCGCAAGAGACGCGCCAGGCAGCGCGGCGUACUUUGCGGCGUACGAGGUUGUCAAGAGGAAGCUGACGCCGAAGGAUCCGGUGACGGGCUUGCCGGGCACGCUCAGCCUGCCGGCCGUUAUGGUUGCCGGCGCCACGGCCGGUGUAGCCAUGUGGUUGCCCGUCUUUCCAGUGGACACGGUCAAGUCGAGAUUGCAGAGCAUGCCAGGCAACCCAACGCUGGGUGGUGUGGUGAGCUCGCUGUGGAAGGCCAACGGCAUCAAGGCCUUCUUCCCCGGCUUCGCUCCAGCCAUUGCGAGAGCCAUUCCAGCCAACGCGGCGACGUUCUUGGGUGUGGAGCUGGCGCAGCAAGCGAUGAGCAAGUUUUUGGAUUAAAAUUUGAUUCUUCACCAAGGGAGAGCUCUGCAUAGAAGUUUUUUUUUUGUUUUGGGAAAAGGGGGGACGGUCUAGCAUUUUUCUUCAUAGACGGGGUGCUCACGUCUUGGGAGAUACCAGUAUACAUAUAUCUCGCAGUUGAAGCAGCAGCUACAUUUUUCCAUCCCAAGACCGCUUGUACAUCCACACUAUAGUGAAGUACCGCAAUCUAUUACAAUAUUCUGACCUGUUAUAGAUUGGCUCGUCGCCAAGGUCUUAAUUUGUGC